CCAAGAUUCUGGUGUCGCCUAUAUUGCCUAUAUUGCACAAUUGCUUGUGCGUGUUCUUUUGCGUAGAUGUAGAAAGAUCGGAAAGCUUUGUUAUUUUGGGUCGUUUUUCUAAAAUGGGGGUAUUUAUCCGACCCAGAAAUGAGUUUAACAGCACGACAUGCAACACGAGCGACUUGUUCUAAUGGUAUUUACCAUCGAAACGUAUGUGUCCUGUAAAGUUGAUUCAAUUCGAUCGAUAUAUCAUUUUGUUAUUGACAAAAAAUUAAAAGCCGUACGAAAUGGAUGAGCUGUUACCGUUGCAAGUCAGCCGCAUUGGCGUCAGCACCAUCGGAACUUUUCAAGUUUAUUUCGGUUCUAUGGGUAAAACAACUUUCGGAAACGGUACCCAGUGAAAGAGUUUCCAGUGGUAUUUUGAACGUGUGUGUAAAGUCUUCAGCACUGAUAUCCUUGUGGCGCUUUACGUAGAAAGCUAUUCAUUGUGGGACCUGCUCACUGUCACUGCUCGUUUGCGUUUGUAAAGUGGUGACCGAAGAUCUGUAACACCGCAAUGCCUCUGUCUAUUCUGGGCAAGAAGGCCUCCAAAAUGGAGGCCGUUCGGGUUUCGACGAUGGAUGCAGAACUCGAAUUUGAGCUUGAGCAAAAAGCCACUGGACGAGAUCUAUUCGAAUUAGUUUGCAGAACGAUCGGUCUAAGAGAAACAUGGUAUUUUGGACUACAAUUUGUUGAUGCGAAAGGCUUUCCAACGUGGCUAAAGCUGGAUAAACGAGUUGACCGCCAAAACUGCAAGAGCCCCCUGUCAUUUCUGUUUCUCGUCAAAUUUUAUCCAGAGGAUGUCUGCGAUGAACUUAUCCAAGAGGUGACUCAGCAUCUUUUCUUUCUUCAGGUGAAGCAAGCUAUUUUACAGCAAGAUAUUUAUUGUCCACCCGAAGCGUCUGUCCUUUUGGCCUCGUACGCGGUGCAAGCAAAAUAUGGAGACUACGAUGAAACAACAUACACUCCGGGAAUGCUUGCUAAUGAUGAUCUACUCCCCCAGCGAGUCAUUGAUCAAUAUCAGAUGACGCUCGAAAUGUGGGAAGAGCGAAUCAAGGUUUGGUAUGCCGAUCAUAAAGGUAUGACUCGUAACGAAGCGGAGAUGGAAUAUUUGAAAAUCGCACAAGACCUUGACAUGUACGGUGUCAGUUACUUUAAAAUAUGCAAUCGCAAAGACACGGACCUAUGGCUCGGCGUCUCGGCCGUUGGGCUGAAGAUUUACAAUAAGGAUAACAAGCUUGCGCCCAUCGUCACAUUUCCGUGGUCGGAUAUUCGCAAUAUUUCGUUCGAUGAUAAAAAAUUCAACAUCAAACCAGCGGACAAAAACUCAAAUAAUUUUUUGUUUUACUCAUCGAAGAUUCGACUAAAUAAGCUCAUCUUGGACCUGUGUAUGGGCAAUCACGAACUCUACAUGCGUCGGAGGAAACCUGAUUCCAUGGAAGUGCAACAAAUGAAGGCUGCCGCCAAAGAAGCGAAGUUGCGAAGACAAUACGAACGUAACCUUCUUGAAAGAGAAAAGAAGCUUCGAGAAGAGGCUGAACGCGAAAGAGCUGAACUUCAACAACGAUUGAUCAUAUGCCAACAGGAAGCACGGGUUGCUCACGAGGCUCUAAGAAGAUCGGAACAGACCGCUGAGCUGCUAGCCGAGAAGUCCCGUAUCGCUGAAGAGGAAUCUCUUCUGCUCGCGCGUAAAGCCGAUGAAGCUGAGCAGCAACGGUUACGCAUGGAAGGCAAAGCACGUGAAGCAGAGGUCAUGGUCAUGCAGAUUGCUGAGGAGAAAACCCAUGAGAUGAAUGCGUUACGUCAGGAGCUUACCCGUCUUAAGCAGGCGCAUACCGCGCAAAGCCAGUCGCGCGCACAACCCGCAGGGUCGACUCUGAGAAUCCCAUCAUCGCCGAACACGGCCAGUGGCGCAAUGGGGCCUGCCACUAGUUCACAUCAACAAGGCCAGGGUGGCGCUGGGCCGGGAACGAACGGCUCAUCGGGCGCAAUGGCCCCAGUUGGAGCUGGAGGCUUUGCUGUCGGUCAUGUGAGCACCAACCACUUUAGCAAUGUAAAUAAUAACAAUAUUAGCGCAAACAAUAAUAACCUUGAGCCGGACGAGGACAUCUCGGCAUUGACGGAAGAGAUCGAAAGGGAGAAGUCAUCGUACCAAGCAAAGACCUCUAGCGUUCAACGGCAACUGCUGCAGCUACGCAAUGAAAUACAAGACUUGAAAAAACUGGAGCACAAUACGCCAUUGGACCAAAUUUAUGAGCAGAACCAAGCCACUGGGGCGGACAAACAUGCAACAUACCGCAAAAGUGUACAAGGGGCUACCAAGAGCCGAGUAGCAUUCUUCGAACAGUUGUAAACAAACUACCAUUGACAUAGCAUAUGAAGUGGAUAAAUCCUGCACGCUGUAGACAUAUACGUUCGUAGUAACCGUGUCCCUCAUAAUUUCUGAUUAAAACUGUUUGCGUAAGCAGUUUUUUUUAUUGCUAUGACCUGUCUCUCUAAGAAAGGCUUUUGCUUACUUAAAAAAUGCACUUUUUGCCGAAAGUACGAAUUCAUAUGGUAAUUGUAUCGCUCUGUUCUUCUGCUAAAAGCGCUGCAAUGCUCGCGUGUGCUAUAUCUAAAUUAUCAGAUUUAAAGCUUAGCUAAACACUUACUUCUUCUUAAUUACAGGAGAUUGUUUUUAGGACAUAAAGCCUGAACAAAGUGGUGCUACUGUUCUUGCACAUAUGGGCAGUAUGCAUUAAAUCUUAAUUCGUAUAAUAAUAUGUUAAGAUCUUCGAUUUCUAAGAUUCGAAAUAUGUUAAGAUCGGCUAUUUGCAGGAAAUGUUAUAUAUCACACUUUUUGGCUGACCUUGUAUAUAUUAAUGCGCAGUCUUAUCGCCAUCGCUUGAAUGGCGGAGCCGUCCGCUGACCGAACAACGUUUGGCCUGUUCCCUAUCACUGCUUUACUUGUGUGCUUUGGACGUACUUUGAGAAAUAUUAUACAUGGAUACGUUAGUCUGAUUUUUGUGUACUAUGGAAAUUAGGAGUGCAUAUUUAUGAUAGAUUCGUGUUUUGUAUAUAUGGCUAUUAAAUGCGAAAACUGUUUACAGAUUUAGUCUCGGUUAGGAAGUCAUUUGAGGACGGAAGAGGCGACCCACGGAGUGUAUGAAACUUUGCGAGAUCUCAUCAGAAAUGUUCUGAUUUAUAUUAGGAGCUUUCAAAUGCAUUGUCAAAUAGAAAAUGGAGAUAUCUUAAAUUCUCGUAGAAUACUCGAACUUGACGUUUACGGGUUGCAUGCCUUGUGUAGCUGAUUGAACGAGAUUUGAGUACUAUCGAAUUGAACUUAGAAAAAAAAACAGCGAGCAGAACCAAGGAUUUAUUGUACAAUGUUUACCGUUAAGCUGUAUGUAGGCUUGUUGAUUAAUUAUACUGACCCCCCAAAAAAAGAAUGCCUUACCCAACUAAACUAUCUUAUUGUUAAUUUCGCAGCUAGGGGCUCCCACAGCACGUUCGUUAAAUGGAAUUGAUCGUACAUAUUGUGUUCGCUUUUGUGAUUCUACACAUAUAUAUGAUCUUCAUGGGUUCUAUUAGCACAGAAAUAUUAAAUGGCGAUUUUCUAAGUGACGAUAAUUGACGUUUUAUCUUCGCAUUAUAAUCGGAAAGCACUAGAGAGUACUAAAUUCACUUGAAACGGAUGUGGGUUUUAGAACGAUAUGGUCCAUUAUUCGAUGCGUCCGACACCCGUUCGUGAUAAACACUGUAGAAACACCGAAGGAAAUAGAUCGAACAGUAAGGAUAAUAAUAAAUAUAUUAUUAUUAUAGAUUAACAAGUGAUACAAAAACGAACCGCAUAGGAGUGUUCGAUAAGAUAAUACCGAACACAAAAAAGACCAUUUUGAAAAUACCUAAUAAGCAAAAGCUGCCUACCAGAGGCAACAAUGGGAGUGGUGAAGCCCUCCCCGGUAGCUUACCGCUCCAUGAAACAACCACUGAUAGCAAAGAAUGAACGAGACAAUUCCUGCUUCUAGGCAAAGAUAGAACGGAUCUGUGUGCGUAAAAUUCGCUUCUAACAAUACCGCGAGUGGUUGGAAAGUAAGCACGCAGCUGCCAAACACCAGGUUCUUUACCGUUGCAGCACAAAUCGUUAUGGUAUUAUUGAUUAUAGCUUAUAAGCCUUUAACGACGUUGUUAGGACCGUGUUCUAAUAGAACACAACAGAUCAACUAAAAAAUAAUAAUAAAUAUUAUAUUAUUUUUAAAAUGCUUCUCUUUUCGCUUUUCAAGGCAGGUAACGUAGAAUUUCGUUGACGUAAAGC